CUUGCGAUUUUCACGUGUUUUUCAAUCGUGGCCGGUUUCGUUGCUCAGUUUUUUCCGUGAUUUUCUUGCAAAAAUGAGUGAAUUUAUCGAAAAACGUCGCGAAUUAUCCAUCCAGGAGUAUGAGUUCAUGAAACAUCUGAAGCUCUUCACGAAUGACGAAAUCCACGGCAUAAAAACCAAGCGCUUCCAACAUGAACACAAGGUUGAACGCAGGUCCAAGGAGCUACCGGAUUUCAUCAACUACAUUGUUUACGAAAACAAUCUAUUGGAACUGCUGAAGGAGCGCCGCAAGAAGCUGCGGGUCCGCGAGGGUAAGCACAGUUUGGAAUACAGCAUAUACAAUCGAAUAAAGCUGCUGUACAAACGGGCGAUGGAUCGGUUUCCCGCGGAGUACCGACUGUGGACGCACUACCUGAGGCACUGUGAGAAACAUAAGCGCGGGCCGGAAGGCUCCAGAACGUUGGACAAAAUGUUAAACUAUCAUGGUGAUAAGCCGAAAGCGUGGAUCAGUGCAGCGAAUUGGGAGUACAAGCAGAUGAAUAAUAUGGAUAGGGCCAGGCACUUUAUGUUCCGGGGCCUGCAACGGCAUCCGGAGUGCCGGGAAUUAUAUUUGAAUUUCCUGCAGUUGCAAUUUCAGGAGGUGGAGAAAAUUGUGGAAUCAUCGGAGGAAGAUGUUGUGGCCUUGUUGGAAAAAGAGGACUCGUCAUUGAAUCGCGCGCUGGAUUCUCUUAGGUUGGUCUACGAGCACUACAAGGCAAGGGAUCAGGAUUUGGAGUUUUUCGUUGAGCUUCUGAACAGCUUGAAAGAUAGUGAUGUAACGAAAGGUUUUGGGAUUACGGCCUUGGAGGAAAUGAAGCAAAUGUUUGCAGCGAAAGAACUGAUGUGGGACACCUUGGCUAUGUUGGCGCUUCGUGGAUCACAUUUGGUGAAGGUUGAAAAUGACGAAGAAAUGAAAAGUGACAAUCCAUUCAAAGAGAACCUUGAGGCUUGCGUCCAAGUUUAUGAAGCGGCCGUCGAAGUACUUCCAACAAAAGUUAUGUGGUCUCAUUACAUCGAUGCCAUGUUGAAACUCAACGAAGAUAUGUCAUCUCAUCAAAAACUUCGCCGUAGAGUUCUUGGAGUUGCCUUCAAAAAAGCUUUCGAAACUGGGUUUCUGGAAGAAGACAAAUACGCGCAGUACCUGAAACUGUUGAUUCAUACCGAUAAACCGCAGGACACUUUUGUAACUGAAGUUCUGGAAAAAGCUCUGGGCGCAUAUCCCAAUUCCAUCAAGCUUUGGGAGCUGCAUCUGAAUUACCUUGCCCGAAAAGAAGCCUCAGCUGAAGAAUUCGAUGCGGUGUUUAAAAAGUCUUUGAAUAAAUGCACCGGAGAUGUUUUACCACUUUGGAUUGUUCGUUUCCAGUACUAUCAUACCCGAACGGAUCUUCACCAAAGGCUGGAAAAAACGUUCAAAGAAGCAAUAAAUCAAACUCCAGCUAUUUCCGUUCACUUCCAGCCGCUAUAUCUGGAAUUUUUAGUAAUCACAGAAGAUAUCGAUGCCGCCCGCAAGCAGUACCGUCAAAUGCAGAGAAGCUGUUGUCCGUGCUUGGAGCUUCACCGCAAAAUGGCCCAGCUGGAAUCGAUUCAGGCACAACCGAACACCGACCAGUGGCGACUGUGCCACGAAAACGUUACUCAGUACUUUGGAACAUCCGACAGCUCCGUUUGGAUCGACUACAUCAAGUUCGAGAAAGACGGUGGCAAUCCCAAAAACAUGCCAAACGUUUUCGAACGCGCAAAAUCCCGACUGGACGCCACACUGGUAGGCAACUUCAUAGCCGACUAUGAACAUUUGAGGAAUUCGUUAGUUUAAAGGUUUUCACAUAAGAAACAGAUUUAUCGUUUAUAAUAAAGUUGAUU